AAAGAAAUAGAAACGAAGAAGAAGAAGAAGAAGAAGGUGGUGCCGGUAAAAAAGCAAACUGAAGAGAAACUUGGGCAGAAAUUUCAACGAGGAAGAAGCAAAGGGAACCGGUUCAAGUAGCAGAGCGGAGGAAAAUCACUGACACUAUGCCUACAGACGUCAAUGCUAAGACCAGGUCGAAGGAACGUGCCUCGAUUGCCGCGUUUUACGCUGGCCGGAAUAUUUUCGUGACUGGUGGCACUGGGUUUCUGGGAAAGGUGUUGAUCGAGAAGCUGCUGAGAUCCUGUCCCGAUGUUGGAGAGAUAUUCAUAUUGAUGCGACCAAAAGCCGGACUGUCGAUCGACGAUAGAUUAAAGAAAAUGCUCGAGUUGCCGCUGUUCGACAGACUGAGAAAAGAGAGGCCAUCCAACUUGAAGAAGUUGAUCCCGGUUCGCGGUGACACAAGCGUCGAGGGCUUGGGUUUAGGACCGGUGGAAAGACGAACGAUCACCGAACGAGUUUCCGUGAUUUUUCACGUAGCCGCGAACGUUCGAUUCAUCGAAGAUCUAAGAAAGGAUAUAUUCUCGAACGUUCGCUCGACCAGAGACGUUUGCAUCCUUGCGGGAGCUAUGAAAAACUUGGUGGCAAGUAGAAAACAUUCUCUUUUUUAUCUUAAUUUAGGAAAUUGUAAGAGCAACCAGCAUUCUAAAAAUCACUUUCGGUUGCAUCAGGCAUUAGUGCACGUUAGCACCGCAUACGCGCAUGUUGACAAGCCGGUAAUCGACGAAGUUGUAUAUCCCGCUUUAACAGACUGGAGAAGCGCUAUACGAAUGAUAGAAUCCCUAGAUGAACAGACGGUGCAAAUAUUUACUUCCAAGUACUUGGGUUCGAUGCCAAACACGUACACGUUCACCAAGCGACUGGCAGAGCAGGUGAUAAGCGAUUACUCGAAAGAUUUGCCUAGCGUAAUUUUUCGACCGUCGAUAGUGAUAUCGACGAUCGAGGAUCCUGUGCCUGGCUGGCUGGACAACUUCAACGGACCCGUGGGUAUGAUGGUCGGUGGUGGAAAGGGAAUAUUGCGAGUAGUUCGUUUAGAACCGAACGUAGCCGCCGAUUUUCUUCCUAUUGAUUUAGCCAUUAAAGUUAUGUUGACAGCCGCGUGGAAACGAGGAUUAGAAACGAUAACCAAGGAUCCGAGCGUUUACGUCUAUAACGGCAGCUCCCAUCAGAUCCAUCGCAUCACUAGCAAAGAAUUGGUCACAAUGGGAUUGAGGCUAAACGAAGAAACGCCGCUCGAAGGAAUCAUCUGGUAUCCCCGAACCAUUUUAACGUCGAAUCGUCUUCUUCAUUACGUUCUGACAUUGUUGACCCACGUGCUGCCAGCCUUGAUCAUCGACGAAACUCUUAAUGCGAUGGGUCGUCGACGGAUGCUAAUGAAAAUUCACAAGACGAUUUACUCCAGCAUCACGCAAUUGAGUAUCUUUUUACACAACGAGUGGUGUUUUCACAACUCCAACAUGUUGAAUAUUUUAACGACACAAGUGCCACCGGCAGAGCGAGAAAUCUUCGGCUACGAUUAUCAUCAUUUCAACGUGGAACAAUACUUUAAGAAUUGUUUGAUCGGAGCGAAACGUUAUCUCUUAAAGGAGGAUUUGACACGAUUAAAACAGGCGAAACGAUAUUACGACAGGAUGAAGUGGUUCGAUAGAAUAUUCAGCGCUUGGUUAAUCGUGAUGGCAAUAUGGAUAUUUUGCAAAGUCGGAAUAUUUUCGUACUUCCUUGAAUCGAUUCACUCUAUCGUCUAACCAAGUGUCUGUGGCGAACAUGUAAUUGUUUCCUCGUAAAUUGCAACGAACCUCGUACGAUGAUGCGAUUGACGAAAAGGUGGGAUGGAAUAAGAAGAAGGAAAAAAGAUGUAUCGCGAUAUCGCCGCUUGUAUCAACGAAAUCAACGACAACGUUCUUGCAUGAAAUAAAGUAGAUUGAGAAAAAUAUUUCUCUACGAUGUUUCUUUCUUUUAUAAAUAAUAUAUUUCGUUUGACUGACAAUGAGUUUCGAACGAGCAGGACGCUGCGAUUCUCGCUAAAAGGCGAUAAACUUCGGACGUAGGAAAUCCGAUUACGCGCAAAGCCCGUAAAAAGGCCAAUCGCAUGCAUAAUGUAACGAGAAUCUCCCCAGUUGUUUUAAUUGUCUGGAAACCGCAAUCGUCUCAGGUCCCGCUGCCAUAACUAACCACGAUUUCGUUCCCCCUCUCCUUAACCGAGAUGAUUUCGACCGUUUCACGAGUAAAUUCCUCCUUUCGUUUCUUUACCGCUUCCACUGCCACUUUCCGUUGUCCUUGUUUACUUCGCGUUCAGUCGCGAUCAGUGCACAUAGAAUACAUACGCUUCGAAAAGGAAGAAUUGCACGACGCAACGGCUAGAAAUUAUUUCAUAUUUCGGAACAAAGUGAUCUAUCUUCUAUGGCGUUUUCUGCAACGAUCGUAACGUGAAUCGCAAUGCAAUAACGUAAGUGUCUUGAUAACUCCGAGUAAAAUUUUGUCUUUGUCUCUUCCUUUGUUCGUUUAUUCUUUGGCGACAUGCAUACUGUCAUCUUUGUCUUUUUCGAUUAGAAUUCGUACGACUAUGCCAACUGGAUAGUUCCCGUGUGAACCAACAUGUAUACGCGUCCAUAUGCAAAUGGAGUUGAAACAUCGUCAUCGUCGUCGAUAGUUGCGCAUGCGCGUCCGCUAUCGCGAAACGGACAGAAGCGUGAUCAGUCGGCGGGUCGGCCAACUGGUUUAGCGCGUGUCGGUUUCUCGACGGUCAGGAUCGAUCGUUACGAUUAUUAUUUCACGAGAGAAGAUCGUAUGUGAGGAGCGAUCGGACGAAAAUAGACAGGUGGGCCGACGCGAGACAAUCUUUAAAUAGGU